AUGAGAUAUUUAAGGGAAAGAAAGGUAUUUUCAGGUUCAGAUUGUGUUUCAAAAGAAGAUAAAAGUUUAUUAACAAAAAAUAUGAAUUCUCAAGAAAAUGAGAAUAAAUCAGCACAAAAAGUAUAUAUAACACAAUCAAGAAUGAAUAUGAGUGAUAAAAAUUUUUCUGUAUCAUCAGAACGGUUAAGAGGUUUACGCAAAAAAAAAUAUUGUUCAGAAAAGAAUUGUCAUAAUAGAGAAAGAGUAAAAUACGUGGAUAUUUUAAGGGAUUUCUUCACUAGAUCUCAAAUUCCAACUGAGAAGAAAGGAUCUUUGAUUUUAUUUGAAGCGGUUGAAGCAGCACGAUGUUCUUUGAAUAGAGAUGAUAUGGAAAAAAAAAAUAAGAAUGCAGCUUCUGGGGAUAAAGAUAGAAAUAAGAGUUUCGAAAGAAAAGGGAAAACAUAUUUAACUCAAGGACUUUAUGCAUUUUCAUUUAAUUAUACCAGAGAAUCUGAUUCAAAUAAUUUGAAAAAAAAAGAAAUAUUUCCUCUGCCAAUACAUUAUGGGAUUACAUUGAUCGAUCAUUUAAGGGAUUUUAAAUUGCCAUGGAAUUUAUUUGCUACAUCAAAGAAAUCAUACAGACCAGGAGGUUGGAGAUAUAUUAAACAAAAUAUUUAUGGCAAAGAAAAGUUUAAAAAGAUUUUUCGUCCUAAAUGCAAUUGCAAACAAGGUUCUGACUGUGGAGAUGGUUGUUUAAAUAGAGAACUUUUUUAUGAAUGUGAUGAUGCUACAUGUGCUCUUGAUAAUUCCCAAGAAUGUUCUAAUCGUGCUUUUCAAGAUUAUACAAAAAAAAGAAUGGAAGGAAGACUUUCUUCCUUAAAUACGGAAAUUAUUUGGACAGGAAAAUGUGGAUUUGGUCUUCGAUCUCUUCGUGAUUUCGAAGCAAACUCUCUUAUAGUUGAGUACUGUGGAGAAGUAAUAGAGAAAAAUGAAUUGUUUCGUAGAAUGAAUAGUAUUUACAAAGAUGCUCGGAAUUAUUAUUUUUUAAAUUUUGAGUCAGGACUCGUCUUAGACGCUGGAAUAAAGGGAAACGAAGCUCGCUUUAUUAACCAUUCUUGUAAGCCUAAUUGUAAAAUUGAAAAAUGGUAUGUGAAGGGUAUUCCACGUAUUGGUGUUUUUGUCGGAGAAGCUGGAUUGUUUGCAGGAGAAGAUAUAACAUAUGAUUAUAAUUUUAGGAAAGCAAAAGCUCAUUGUAUUAUUAUUUAA